AUGGAUAUGGACGAGUUCUAUCGCGAAGCUCCGGACUUCCUUCUGCACGCGUUCGGGGCCAAGCUGGUUGGUGAUUUCGCAAAGGCAAUUUCCGGGAUACUAUAUCGACUCAAGUCAAUCCUUACCAACGCUUCCGUCAAGAAGGGAGAAGAAACGAAGACCUAUGAACCCAUCGCUGAGGCUGCCAACACGAUGCUUCAGGAGCUGAAAUUACCUUUCUUCCUUGCCAUCACCUACACCUACUCCAAAAGUGGUGUGCACGACCUUAAGCCCAAUCUAAUCCUGUAUUCCACGUCACAACCAGGUAUGCCCUACCCGGAGGCAUCCUACUACCUCAAGAAGAAGGUGGAACACAAAGCCAAAGAGCACCAUGUUGCGAUUAUCAAAGUCAACACAGAUCCUAGGCUGGCCCCGUUCACUUUUGGCGGCAAGCCUUUCACAGUGACCUUGAAGGACCAGCCACAAUGCAGCACGACUUCGCCGCCGGAUGGCCGGGAUUCCUGUGCCCAGAUGAUCAGCUACGUCAUGGAAGUCCACAUCCGUCAGCAUCGUUGCUUCCUCUUCACUGCUUUCAUCCAGGAACGAUAUGUUUGCUUCAUGCGAUGGGACUGUUCAGUGGAGAACCCUGAGCCUCUGCUCAUGUUCUUUUGGUGCCUCUCCAAGUGCAGCGAUGAGGAACGAGGAUACGAUUCCACUGCCACGCUGGUCGGCGACAUCCUGCCGGGCCGAGCCCUCACAACGGAACUGAGGAAGCUCGAGGAGAAGUACAAAUCUAACAAAUGGAUCACAAAGUAUAUCAAGGAGGCUACCAAGGACACAAAGAAGUAUUCCUGGGUGAAAGACAUCAACGAUCCUUCCCUACUCCAUGAUUACUAUGUUGCGCGGCACCAUGCAAGUUCUCGAUACUCCGUUCGUGGUCGCGGGACGAAAGGCUACAUCGGGUUUGAUCUCGACCCGAAAAAUCUGUGCAUCGUGUUCAUCAAGUCCAUUUGGUAUACAGAAGGCGCCUGCUCCGAGCUGGAGAACUAUGUGCUGCUUCGUGCCCAUAAAGUACCGAGCAUCACCUCCAUCCUUGCAGGAGGCGACGUGGGAGGCAAGAUGCCACAGAUGACUCGCAAUCAAGAAUUUUUCCUGAACGACCGGAGGCCGCCAUCAAAGCAUAUUCAUCAUCGUAUCGUUAUGAAGGAGAUUGGUCACCGUCUCGAGACUUAUAAAGAUCAGAAGGAGCUUUUGUGAUGCACGCAUGAUGCUUUCGAGGGUAAGAUCC